UGGCGAAUCCGUCAAUAAUAUUCAUGGAUGAACCGACAUCUGGACUUGAUGCUAGGGCAGCUGCCAUUGUGAUGAGAACUGUCCGAAACACUGUUGACACUGGAAGAACAGUGGUUUGCACCAUUCACCAACCCAGCAUUGACAUUUUCGAGGCAUUUGAUGAGCUGCUUCUAAUGAAACGGGGUGGACAGGUUAUAUAUGGAGGAAAACUAGGUGAACGCUCACAGAUUCUGAUAGACUACUUUCAGGGGAUUAAUGGAGUUCCUCCAAUCUCAAGCGGAUACAAUCCAGCAACUUGGAUGCUCGAAGUCUCAACAAUUAACAUGGAGGAGAAAAUUGGGGUUGACUUUGCAGAUUUAUACAGGAAAUCUGAUCAAUUCAGGCAAGUGGAUGAAAACAUCAAGCGUUUCACUGUUCCACCAGAAGGAUCGGAGCCAUUAAUGUUCUCUACAACAUACUCACAAAACCAGCUCUCUCAGUUUCUGUUAUGCCUAUGGAAACGGAACCUCGUAUACUGGAGGAGUCCUGAAUACAACCUUGUGAGGUUAGUCUUCACCACGGCCGGUGCCUUGAUACUUGGCACCGUCUUCUGGAAUGUCGGCUCUCAAAGGAGCUCCUCACAGGGUUUGAUGACUAUAAUGGGAGUCCUUUACUCGGCUUGCGCUUUUCUUGGAGUUAGCAAUGCUUCGUCCGUACAGCCCAUCGUUUCGAUAGAAAGAACCGUGUUCUACCGAGAAAAAGCAGCGGGAAUGUACGCUCCAAUUCCGUACGCGGCAGCUCAGGGGCUGGUAGAAAUACCAUACAUUAUCACCCAGACGAUUAUAUACGGAGUCAUCACAUACUUCACCAUUGGAUUUGAAUCAACGGCCCAAAAGUUUUUGCUCUACUUGGUGUUCAUGUUCCUGACUUUCACCUUCUUCACCUUCUUUGGAAUGAUGGUCGUUGGAUUCACCCGAACUCUGCACUUGGCUGCUGUAAUUUCUUCCGCCUUUUACUCUCUCUGUGAGCUCCUCUCUGGCUUUCUCGUCCCAAAACCCUUCAUUCCGAAAUGGUGGGUAUGGUUCUACUACAUAAACCCAGUGUCAUGGACCCUGAGAGGAAUCAUUCUCUCACAGCUUGGAGACGUGGAAACGAUCAUCGACGAGCCAACCUUCCAUGGGACCGUGAAGGAAUACAUUGAAAGAAACCUGGGAUAUGAAGAAGGCACAAUGGGUAUCUCAGCCGUUGUUCUCCUCGCCUUCUGCGCCCUCUUCUUCUCUGCUUUUGCUCUCUCUGUCAAGUUCCUCAACUUCCAGCGAAGAUAAUAACGCAAAACCA